AUGGCCGAAGUAGAUCACGAAUUGUUGGACUACGAUGAAGAAGAAAAUGAUGCUGCAGAAGAGUUGGAAUCCGCUACUACCGGUAACAAUAAGGAAGUCAAAGGCUCAUAUGUGAGUAUUCACAGUUCAGGAUUUAGAGAUUUUCUUCUCAAGCCGGAAUUGUUACGUGCCAUCGUCGACUGCGGUUUUGAGCAUCCUUCAGCGGUGCAACAUGAAUGUAUCCCUCAGGCUAUAUUAGGCAUGGAUGUUAUUUGUCAAGCUAAAAGCGGUAUGGGUAAGACUGCUGUCUUUGUCCUUGCGACAUUGCAGCAGCUCGACCCUGUCGAUAAUGAAGUUAGCGUGUUGGUUCUAUGCCAUACGCGUGAACUCGCCUUUCAGAUUAGUAAAGAAUACGAUCGCUUUUCCAAAUACAUGGAUAACGUGAAAGUUGCUGUCUUUUUUGGUGGUAUCAACAUUAAAAAAGACCAGGCAACGUUGAAGAGUAGCUGUCCACAUAUUGUCGUGGGUACGCCUGGCAGAAUGUUGGCUCUUGUACGCGAAAAAUCAUUGAACUUGAAAAAUUGCAAACAUUUUAUUUUGGAUGAAUGUGACAAAAUGUUAGAACAACUUGAUAUGAGGCGUGAUGUACAAGAAAUAUUUCGUAUGACACCGCACCAGAAGCAGGUCAUGAUGUUUAGCGCUACGUUAUCCAAAGAAAUACGUCCAGUUUGCAAGAAAUUUAUGCAAGAUCCUAUGGAAGUAUACGUGGAUGAUGAUACCAAGCUAACGUUACAUGGUCUACGUCAACAUUACGUAAAGCUUAAAGAUCAUGAAAAAAAUCGCAAGUUAUUCGACUUGUUAGAUAUCUUAGAGUUCAAUCAAGUAAUCAUCUUCGUCAAAUCUGUCCAACGUUGUGUCGCUCUAACGCAGUUACUUGUAGAACAGAACUUCCCUGCUAUUUCAAUUCAUCGCGGAAUGUCUCAGGAGGACCGAUUGAAGCAUUAUGGUGAAUUUAAGAAUUUCAACAAACGGAUCCUAGUUGCUACGAAUUUAUUCGGACGUGGAAUGGAUAUUGAACGUGUUAAUAUAGUAUUUAAUUAUGAUAUGCCAGAAGAUUCCGAUACUUACUUGCAUCGGGUUGCACGUGCUGGUCGUUUCGGAACUAAAGGUCUAGCCGUUACAUUCGUGUCUAGCCAGGAGGAUGCGAAAAUUUUAAACGAAGUUCAAGAUCGCUUUGAAGUUAGCGUUGGUGAAUUACCAGAAGUGAUCGAUGUAACAACAUACAUCGAACUUCACUAA